CUCCCUUCCCCUGGGCACCCUUCACAGGACUUGUUGCAUUGACACGUAGUCACAACGCUGUUCAUAGCUAUACCGUAGUCCGACAGCAUGGCAUCAUCGACGACAGCGACAGGACUGCCCGAGGGCUGGGAGGUUCGCAUAUCGAACAGCAAGAAUCUCCCGUACUAUUUCCAUGCGGCAACCAAGGACUCGCGAUGGGAGCCGCCCGCAGGCACGGACAAUGAGCAGCUGAAGAAGUACAUGGGGCAGUACCACAGCAGCACCAAGGGCAUCUCGAAUGUGAAUCGGCCCAGUGCCAGCGAGAACAAGAUACGAGCAGCCCAUCUGCUGGUGAAGCACAACGAGAGCCGUCGGCCUGCGAGCUGGCGAGAGGCGCGCAUCACGCGGACGCGAGCCGAGGCGCAGAGGAUACUGGAAGGAUAUCAGGAACAGAUCAAGAGCGGUGCAAAGACGUUGGCGGAGCUGGCGACCACCGAGUCGGAUUGCAGCAGCGCUCGGAAAGGCGGAGACUUGUAUGGAAGCUAUGUCUGGGUUUUGCUGUGCGGGAAGACGGCUGACGUGCAUCCAACAGGGGCUACUUCGGACGGGGAGAUAUGCAGAAGGAAUUCGAGGUAGCGGCCUUUGCCUUGCAACCUGGGGAGAUAAGCGGCAUUGUCACGACCGACUCGGGGCUCCAUUUGAUCCAGAGGUUGGAGUAGGGGGCCAUUGCAUCAUUGCUGCACCUGUGCAGUGUAUGGCGUUGGGAGUGAGGGAUAACCGUGACAGGAUCAUGACCAUGUCUUUGUAUAUGAGCCA